AAAGCAUAAGGCGCCGCUGAGAUACCUCACACAUAUGUUAGUGUCUGCUUCCUUGAGCUGUGAACCAGUGAGAGUGUCGGGUAAAUAGGCGCUCGUGCUGUGAAGGGGGGAUGGGAUGGGGCCACUCAGAGCUCUCGUGCUCCACUAACUCAGCGCGCUCAUUAAUCCUAGUUUUCUCCUUUAUAUCGAUCCUGUUUUAAAUUAAAAUUCAUCUUUCCCGUUACCGCAUGUGUUACGUGGCACCAGAAAAGCAAGAAGUAUCGGUCUGCGGUUGAAUUUUGGUGCAGAAAGCGUUUAAAAUGUAUCCCAUUGGAGCAGCUAGUGCUGCUGAGCUGUGUCAGGAACAUCAGUCUUCAGGGUCAGAUGUUUCUGCUCCCCUGUCUCCUCCAGCACAAGAGUAUGUCUUCAAACCACCUCAACGGCCAGACUUUGGCACAAUGGGUAGGACAAUCAAGCUUCAGGCCAACUUCUUUGAAAUGGAAAUACCCAAGUUGGAGGUGUACCAUUACGACAUAGAUAUAAAGCCUGAGAAAUGCCCACGGAGAGUUAACCGUGAAAUUGUUGAGCACAUGGUCCAGCACUUUAAGACGCAGAUCUUUGGAGAUCGAAAGCCUGUGUAUGAUGGAAGGAAGAAUCUCUACACUGCCAUGCCUUUACCCAUUGGAAGAGACAAAGUGGAGCUGGAGGUCACAAUUCCAGGCGAGGGAAAAGACAGGAGUUUUAAAGUAGCUAUCAAAUGGGUGUCCUGUGUGAGUCUGCAAGCUCUACAUGAAGCACUGACUGGACGGCUACCAAACAUCCCUUUUGAGACCAUUCAGGCUCUGGACGUUGUCAUGAGACAUUUGCCCUCUAUGAGGUACACCCCAGUCGGACGUUCAUUCUUUACUCCCUCUGAGGGCUGCUCCAACCCCCUCGGUGGAGGAAGAGAAGUUUGGUUUGGCUUCCAUCAGUCUGUUCGACCAUCCCUCUGGAAGAUGAUGCUCAACAUUGAUGUGUCUGCCACUGCAUUCUACAAAGCUCAACCUGUGAUUGAGUUCAUGUGUGAGGUUUUGGAUUUUAAAAGCAUCGAAGAGCAACAGAAGCCCUUAACGGAUUCCCAGAGAGUGAAGUUUACCAAGGAAAUCAAAGGACUGAAGGUUGAAAUCACUCACUGUGGACAGAUGAAGAGAAAAUACAGGGUGUGUAAUGUGACUAGGAGACCAGCCAGCCAUCAAACGUUUCCCUUGCAGCAAGAGAAUGGCCAGACCAUUGAAUGCACUGUCGCCCAGUACUUCAAGGAUAAGUACAAACUGGUGCUGCGAUAUCCACAUCUCCCAUGUUUACAAGUUGGUCAGGAGCAAAAACACACCUACCUUCCGUUGGAGGUCUGUAACAUAGUAGCCGGACAGAGAUGCAUCAAGAAACUGACAGACAAUCAGACCUCCACUAUGAUACGUGCCACAGCCAGGUCUGCGCCUGAUCGCCAGGAUGAGAUCAGCAAACUGAUGAGAAGUGCCAACUUCAACACUGAUCCUUAUGUGCGUGAGUUUGGAGUUAUGGUAAGAGACGAGAUGACUGAGGUCAAUGGUCGGGUCCUUCAGGCACCUUCAAUUCUCUAUGGUGGAAGGAACAAAGCAAUAGCAACCCCAGUCCAGGGUGUGUGGGACAUGAGGAACAAGCAGUUCCACACAGGGAUUGAGAUCAAAGUGUGGGCUAUUGCCUGCUUUGCCCCGCAGAGGCAGUGUACAGAACUACUUCUGAAGGCAUUUACUGACCAGCUCCGUAAGAUAUCGCGCGAUGCUGGGAUGCCCAUUCAGGGCCAACCGUGCUUUUGCAAAUAUGCCCAGGGAGCAGAUAGUGUGGAGCCCAUGUUCAAACACCUCAAGUACACAUACCAAGGCUUACAGUUGGUGGUGGUCAUCCUACCUGGGAAGACUCCAGUUUAUGCUGAGGUGAAGCGUGUUGGAGACACUGUUCUUGGCAUGCCCACACAGUGUGUCCAGGUGAAGAAUGUACAGAAAACCACACCUCAGACACUUUCCAACCUCUGCCUCAAGAUUAAUGUCAAACUGGGUGGAGUCAACAACAUUCUUCUUCCACAGGGCAGGCCCUUGGUGUUUCAGCAACCAGUCAUCUUUCUGGGUGCAGAUGUGACUCAUCCACCAGCUGGAGAUGGCAAGAAACCCUCAAUUGCUGCUGUUGUUGGCAGUAUGGAUGCCCACCCAAGCCGAUACUGUGCCACGGUGCGGGUGCAGCAGCACCGUCAGGACAUCAUUCAGGAUCUAGCCACCAUGGUGAGAGAGCUGCUGAUUCAGUUCUACAAAUCCACACGCUUUAAACCAACGCGCAUCAUCUACUACAGAGACGGCAUCUCAGAGGGCCAGUUCAACCAGGUUCUACAGCAUGAACUGCUGGCUAUUCGUGAAGCCUGCAUUAAGCUGGAGAAAGAUUAUCAACCAGGCAUCACCUUUGUAGUAGUGCAGAAGAGACAUCACACCAGGCUCUUCUGCAUGGACAGGAAUGAGCGGGUUGGAAAGAGCGGCAACAUCCCUGCUGGCACCACAGUUGACACCAAAAUUACUCAUCCGUCUGAGUUUGACUUUUAUCUUUGCAGUCAUGCCGGAAUUCAGGGAACCAGCAGGCCGUCCCACUAUCACGUGCUGUGGGACGACAACCAUUUCACCUCUGAUGAGCUGCAGGUCCUCACCUACCAGCUGUGCCACACCUACGUGCGCUGCACCCGCUCUGUCUCCAUUCCUGCACCAGCCUACUACGCCCACCUGGUGGCGUUUCGUGCUCGCUACCACUUGGUUGACAAAGAACAUGACAGUGCUGAAGGCAGUCACACAUCAGGUCAGAGUAACGGCAGAGACCAGCAAGCCCUGGCCAAAGCUGUGCAGAUCCACCAGGACACACUGCGCACCAUGUACUUCGCCUGAACAUAGCCAGAAACAAGCCCUACAUCCUGAAAACAGCACGGUGUGUGUGUGUCUGUGUGUAUUUUUAUGUGUUUGCCUCAAUUGUAUAAAUGAGAACCUUCAAAUGGGGAAAAAA